AUGAAUCAGGAAGCUGCAUCCGAGCCCUUGCAUGAGCACAAGGAUGAAGACCGCGACAGCGAUGAAUUGAGUUUUGACCUGGAGUUAGGCGACGUACCGCUUUUGCCCGUCGAAGGCAUGGCUAAGCCGGAGCUCACACGCGACCCAUCAUUUUCGUGUACUCCCUCCGGCUUUUGCAACUGGCUUCGCGGGCCCCAGCCUCCCCAUGUGUAUCACAUUAACCCUUGGUUCCCUCGGCUGCAGGCAGCGCCGGCGCGUCUGAUUGAUCAGAAAUUCCCGCGCAGGAGCUCCAAGAUCGCCUUGCUUGCUGGCGGUUUGAUCGUUUGGAUUAUCGUCUUUUUUGUAUCUUUGAAGGCGUCAGUCGCGGGUCAAGAGGUACCGGGUUACGGGCAGCCCGUUAAGCUGUCGUGUCACCAUCGCUUGUGGUGGGUUCCGCACGCUAUGGAAAUACUCCGGGUUGAAAACUUUACUGAUCGUGGCUGCAGGAACAACGCAACAAACUGUGGUCUCAAUGGUGAUCUGUGUCGUCCGUUUGAAGACCAGUCUUUCGCCUUCCGCUGUCCUUCGGGUUGCGCGGCGGCCAUCCUCCUGGAGCCAUAUGUUGUUGGCGACCAAGAGUGCAAUUAUCGCCCGCUCGUGAUUGGAGGUAAGCCAUUCAGGCAAGACGGUCGCCUCAGCGGUAAUUAUCGCGGGGACUCAUCGAUAUGCACCUCGGCGCUGCACGCUGGUCUGGUAGACGAUGCCACGGGCGGGUGUGGGAUUUUGCACCGGACUGGUGAGCAGAAAGAAUUCCUCCCGGCAACUCAGAAUGGGAUUGAAAGCAUCGAAUUCCGCUCGAGCUUUCCCAUGUCCUUCAGACUGGCCAAGGAGCCAUCUUCGCCAGGAUCUGGCGAGGCGAAGCCUAUCAAAUGUUCUGAUUCGCGUUGGACACUCUUUGCCUUUACGUUGGUUUGGACUACCGUUUUAUCACUGGUCGUAACCUCAGCGCCGGCAUUCUACAGCUCUAUAUACUUCAUUGUCUGGUUCCAAGUUGCCAUGGCGUCCGACCCGCCCUCCAUGGGUAGCAUCUAUGACCUGGUGUCAAUUGCGCUCGGUCGCUUCCUGCCUGGCGCAUUUGUGGGAUUCGUGCUCUACUAUUUCUGUGUCCGUCACACGCUGAAAGAUCUGGAUGCGCAUUGGGACAAAACGGUUCUGUGGUUAGGGGGCUGCUGGGUCGGCGCCCUGAACACAGAUACCUUCGAUCGCAUUCCGAUCUCGCGCCUGACGCCCCACGAUAUCAAGCAGCAGCCCGGUGCACUCACUGCCCUCAUCAUCGUCGUUGGAUCACUUCUCGCCAUCGCAUUUGGUCAGGCACACUGCUAUCGCCGAGAGGGAAGAUUCUUCCCCACGAUCCGCAUCUACGGUGUCCUCGUCGCCGUUGUUCUCAUCCUCGUCGCCGUGCCACACAUGAACCUACGCAUCCAUCAUUAUAUCUUGUCUCUCCUUUUCUUGCCCGGAACGACUCUGCAGACUCGUCCCAGUCUCCUAUAUUCUGGUAUUCUUAUUGGUCUUUUCAUUAACGGCAUUGCCCGAUGGGGCUUCGACUCCAUCCUACAAACCCCAGGGGCUCUUCUCGAUGGCGCCAAACUUGGCACCAUCCCACCGAAGAUCUACCCUCCGUCCUUGACGGAUCAAAACAAUCUUGUGUUCUCAUUCCCGGAUAUCGCGUCCCAUGCCGAUGGUCUCAGUGUUUUGGUGAAUGACGUCGAGCGAUACCAGGCGUUCCGACCAAAAGACGACAAGCCUUUGCCGGACUUCACUUGGACUCGUACUAACCCUAGUGAGUUGGAAUACUUCCGGUUUGGAUACGUUCAUUCCAAGGCUUUGGGUGGUCUUUGGUACGAGGAUUUUUCUCCUCCCGCGACUUGGAACGCGGAUGGAAAUUUUGUUUUUCCCGAUCCUGAGAUCUCCGACCCUGAACACACUGAAGCCGAUUCUGCAUAG